UCCAGAAUGUACACCAUACACCAUAAAAACAGAAAUUUAGAGGAAAAACAAAAAAAGAGUGGUCACCAAGUGGAUAAAGUAUGGACUAAUUUCGAGCCUUGAGUCCCAACCAAACUGAAAAAUCAACCAAUUUCUCCACCACUAAAAAAUUAAAAAAUCACACAAGAAAAGGCAACUAAACCAAUCCGAAUCCCAGAACAACAGUCACUUAGCAAACUACGAAGCAGAAAAACUUGUCCUAACAGCAGCUCCAUAGAACCAGACAUUCCAGCACGUCAUUCUAACACUAUAAUCACUCCAACCAUAAAAAGCCCACAACGUUUUAGGGGCCAUGAAGCUGCUAUCUCCUCCUCCUUCUUUAUCUCGCCCCACUUCUCUGUUCUUCUUCUUCACUACCAAUCCAAAAGGUACAAAACCCAUCUCCAGUUCAGUUCAACUCUUCCAAUAUAGAUCAAAAAACUUAACUUUUACUCAAAGAAUGGAUGUUAAGGCAUGUGUAAAGGUAGAGCAAAAGAAAGGUGUUGCAGAAGUAGAAGAAACUAAGUGGAGAAAGGUUUCAGCUGUGCUUUUUGACAUGGAUGGAGUGUUAUGCAACAGUGAAGAGCCGUCUAGAUUGGCUGCUGUUGAUGUUUUUGCUGAAAUGGGAGUUGAUGUUACAGUUGAGGAUUUUGUGCCUUUCAUGGGAACAGGUGAAGCAAACUUCUUAGGAGGUGUAGCUAAUGUUAAGGGCGUUCAGGGAUUUAAUACUGAUGCAGCAAAAAAGAGGUUCUUUGAGAUAUAUCUUGAAAAGUAUGCAAAACCAAACUCGGGAAUAGGAUUCCCAGGUGCCCUUGAACUCAUAACCCAGUGCAAAGAGAAAGGUCUCAAAGUUGCUGUUGCCUCCAGUGCCGACCGGAUCAAAGUUGAUGCAAAUUUAGCAGCUGCUGGUUUGCCAUUGUCCAUGUUUGAUGCUAUUGUGUCAGCAGAUGCUUUUGAGAAUUUGAAACCAGCUCCUGACAUUUUCUUGGCUGCAUCAAAGAUCUUGGAGGUGCCCCCUAGUGAGUGCAUUGUUAUUGAAGAUGCACUAGCUGGAGUACAAGCUGCACAAGCUGCACAGAUGAGAUGCAUAGCUGUGAAAACUACAUUGUCAGAAGAGACACUAAGCAAUGCAAGCCCAUCCCUUAUCAGAAAUGACAUAGGAAGUGUUUCACUUGAUGAUAUUCUCAGCGGUGGAUCUGAUGGCUAUAAUGAGAAGAUGCAGGGACCUCAGGUUCUGCAUACUUCUGAACCGACUUCGGCAGCAAUGCUCGAAGAAAGACCAGAUAAUGGGUCAUUUCCUAACAACAUUGCUACCAAUGACUCAGUUGGGGGGUUGCAGGCUUCUCGGCGCAAUAUAUUGAGAUAUGGAAGUUUGGGAAUUGCUCUGUCAUGUCUGUUCUUCACCAUCUCAAACUGGAAGGCAAUGCAAUAUGCAUCCCCUCAAGCUAUAUGGAAUUUGUUGUUUAGGGUUAAUAAGCUGGAUUUUGAGAAAAAUGAAAAUACAGGUAAAUCACAGUCAAGAGUCCAACAGUUCGUAAAUUAUAUAUCUGAUCUAGAAACCAGGGAAACUGCUCGCAUUGUGCCAGAAUUUCCAGCUAAACUUGAUUGGCUAAAUACAGCUCCACUUCAAUUUCGCAGGGAGUUGAAAGGUAAAGUGGUUAUUCUGGAUUUUUGGACCUACUGUUGCAUAAAUUGUAUGCAUGUGUUGCCAGAUCUAGAGUUUCUGGAGAAAAAAUACAAAGAUAUGCCGUUCACUGUUGUGGGGGUACAUUCAGCUAAAUUUGACAAUGAGAAAGAUUUAGAAGCAAUUCGCAAUGCCGUUUUACGCUACAAUAUCUCUCACCCAGUUGUCAAUGACGGAGAUAUGUAUUUGUGGCGUGAACUAGGUAUCAGUUCAUGGCCAACAUUUGCCCUUGUUGGACCAAAUGGUAAGCUUCUCGCUCAAAUAUCGGGAGAAGGCCACCGAAAGGAUCUUGAUGAGCUGGUGGAGGCGGCUCUUUUGUAUUAUGGUGGGAAGAAAAUCCUAGACAGCACAUCAAUUCCCUUGAGUUUGGAGAAAGAUAAUGAUCCUCGAUUAGUUACCUCUCCUUUGAAAUUUCCUGGAAAGUUGGCAAUUGAUGUGCUUAACAAGCGGCUGUUCAUUUCAGAUAGUAACCAUAACCGCAUUGUGGUCACUGAUCUAGAUGGAAACUUUAUUGUCCAAAUUGGGAGCACUGGAGAAGAAGGUUUACGUGAUGGUCCCUUUGAUGAAGCCACCUUUAAUCGCCCUCAGGGCCUGGCUUAUAAUGCAAAGAAAAAUCUCCUGUAUGUUGCUGAUACUGAAAACCAUGCUUUGAGGGAGAUCGAUUUUGUCAAUGAAAUGGUGCGGACUCUUGCUGGAAAUGGAACCAAAGGUUCUGACUAUGUAGGGGGACAAAAAGGGACUAUCCAGGUUCUCAACUCUCCGUGGGAUGUCUGCUUUGAACCUGUCAAUGAGAAAGUUUAUAUUGCAAUGGCUGGCCAGCAUCAAAUAUGGGAACACAAUAAUGCGGAUGGAGUUACUAGAGCUUUCAGUGGUGAUGGUUAUGAAAGAAACUUAAAUGGUUCAAGCUCCACUAGCACAUCAUUUGCACAACCGUCUGGAAUUUCACUGUCUCCUGAUUUGAAGGAGGUAUAUAUUGCUGAUAGUGAAAGUAGCUCUAUUCGAGUGCUUGAUCUGACAACAGGAGGAUCAAGGCUGCUAGCUGGUGGUGAUCCAAUUUUCUCUGACAACUUGUUUAAGUUUGGAGACCAUGAUGGAAUAGGAUCUGAAGUACUGCUUCAACACCCACUGGGUGUAUUAUGUGCAAAGAAUGGUCAAAUAUAUGUAGCUGACAGCUAUAAUCACAAGAUCAAGAAGCUAGAUCCAGCAACUAAAAGAGUGAGUACAAUAGCAGGAACAGGGAAAGCUGGUUUCAAGGAUGGAAAGGCACUGGCUGCUCAGCUUUCAGAGCCAUCUGGAAUUAUUGAGGCUGAAAAUGGUAGACUUAUAAUAGCUGAUACAAACAACAGCAUCAUCAGGUAUUUGGACUUGAACAAGGAAGAAGCUGAACUUCGGACUUUGGAGCUAAAAGGAGUUCAGCCUACUGCACCAAAAUCCAAAUCCUUGAAACGUCUUAGGAGACGAUCAUCAGCUGACGUGCAGACAAUUAAAAUUGAUGGUGGUUCAUCUAAGGAGGGAGACCUUUGUCUCAAAAUAUCAUUACCUGAGGAGUACCAUUUCUCAAAGGAAGCACGCAGCAAAUUUAUUGUUGAAACAGAGCCUGAAAAUGCAGUUUUGAUUGAUCCCUCAGACGGAUACCUUAGUCCAGAAGGAACUGCAAUCCUUCAUUUCAGGAGAUCCUCUGCCUCAGCUUCAACAGGGAGGAUAAAUUGCAAGGUCUACUAUUGCAAAGAAGAUGAGGUGUGUUUGUACGAAUCACUACAGUUUGAAGUACCCUUUCAAGAAGUUCAAGACUCUAUCCCAUCAGAAAUCACAGUUGCGUAUGCUGUGAAGCCCAAAGCUUCAACAAACAGCUUGCAGCUACCUGUUAGUCGUUGAUGGCCAUGCCACAUAAUUACACUGGAGACAGACGGGAAGAGGUCAACCCAAAAUUCCACUUUCUUGCAUCGCAUAAUCGGGUCUAAGCUACAACAAAGCAUAUGUGUUUUUACAAAUACAUGUCCAUACUGUUUUGACUCAGAUUUGUAAAUCUCGUGGAUACCUUUAGUAGUAGCUAUUAUAAGUGACAAUCAUCUAUCGGUACAGCUAUCGGUUUCUAAAUAAACAGGCAUAUUUUAGAGCA